AUGACUACGUUUGAUUGGAAAACCAUCGACGGCGCCAGCUUGAACUGGAAUCGUUCCUUCUCCGAGCCCGACCUAACCAGCCAACAGCCACACAGCAAUCGCUUCACCAUAAAACACCCUCACGAGUAUAUAGCCGUAGAUGAUCUGAAAUAUUUCCGACGCCGCCAACCCGUUCACUCCAACUACCACAGCAACAUCUGCCUCUAUAAUAGCGAUGAGCCAGUCCUUCCCUUUGGAUCUCUUAAAAGUGAAUACACAAAGCACUUCCGUGCCUUUGCACCUAGCCUAAGGCCAGCUCUGUUGAGACGCGCGACCUCGUUGCGUCUGGAGGGCUUAAUGCAGCUGCUUUCGGAGCAUCAGGACAAGUAUCAUUGGUACACGCCCGAGGACUUGCAAUUCUCACGAACUUUUCCAGUUCGCAAUCCGGAGAACUUUCAACUUGGCGCCGACGCUGACGGUGGGGGAAACGGUGCGAUGAAAAAUUCCUCCUACCUCACAUAUCCUAUGCUGAAUACCAAAGCCAAGAUAAUGCUGCCUCGUGAAAUGUUUGCUGAGGACAAUGCGUUUACGCAGCGACGAGGCUCAGGAGCAGUGAGCAAGCCUGCGUCGGACCAGUUUAAGCGGAACCUGGCUGUUCAGGAACAACACAAAUGUCACCUGCAAAUGCGAGCCCAGGCUGUGGAACAGGAGCCCAUACCGUCCGAAUACAAAAGGCAGUAUGUUCAGUUUCCGAUUGAAAAAGCGCACUCGAUUCCGCAAAUGAGCAGCAUCAAGAUACAGGGCGAUUUCGUAGCUGUGCCGGAGUAUCAGGAUAGCUUUAAGAUGUAUGCCAACUAUUCGAAGAGUGCGCCCAUUAAGAAGCACGACAAUCUGCGAAUGUCCGGCGCCGAAGUAGAAGCCCAACCGCACGAGUAUAGUAAAGAUUUGCCAGAGUACAGAGACAAAUUCAAUGACCCACCCAAGCACAUGGCCAAAGAGAAACCCUUAAAAACCGAUGAUCAUUUGCAUCCCCGUGGCGAGUUCAGCAAAGAUGUGCCCGAAUAUUACGAGAGCUUCCGUGACCCACAGGUCAAAGAGAUGCCCGAGCGUGGAAAGUGUCGGGAACCCUACUUGCGCCUUCGCGGCAAAAUCGAAUUUAAUCCCGAGUAUCGCAACACCUAUUUGGACUUUCCGCGCUCGCGUCCCAUUGUGCGCAAGCCGGCCUCUUCGUUCCGCUUGCCCACAUCCGGCAUACCUGGUGCGCCAGCCAAUGGCACCAGCUCCAGCUUGACGGACAACCAGGCGCAAAGCUGUCGUGGACAGCAGGACUCAAGCUAUGACCAUAUGGAACUGCCCAGCUGCACCACAGCCACCGACAUGACUGCCACCCCGGAGUACAGGCGGGCUAAUUAUAACUAUCAGCUGCGCGAACGGACACCCACACGAAAGCUACAGGAGAGCGAUGGCGGCGGAAACAGCAAGCUGGUCACGAGCAACCUGCGCAAGAGCUCGGACUCAUCGCUGGAGACCCGUCAGGCAGUCACAUAUAAGAGACGCACUUCACGCCCACGUCAAGUCAAGGACCAGCCCAACGUGCCCAAUUUUGAAGAGGUUGGAGGUAAUGCGGCCAAGAAACCAGCGAGGUUUGGACGACGGGCUUCCGUAUUGCAGAAUGCGGCCAAUUGCCGAGAGAAUUCUUCGAUAAUUGAAGGUAAUCCCAAGUAUGCUGUGGGUAGUCGACGCGCUAAGCAUAAAAUUGAGAACCAACAAGGCUCCUUCGUGGUACUCGAUGAACCGUGUAAGCCUUCCAAUUGGAUGAAAAAAUCCUGGUAUGAUUCUUAG